AUGGCGUCAGCGUGUUGUCAAAAGGUAUUGUCAGUACUGCGUAAGCAUGUGCUGAAGCUGAAGGCCUUUGAUAUAUUUAUGCAGGGAACAUACCUGCUCAUCUUGUUCUUGGAGACCAAUGCGUACCUACUGCUGCGUAGGGAUGCUAGAGCGGGGUACCACUCCACUCUCACUAUAGAUUAUGUAAGGAUGGGAACUGCUGGCGUGGAGUUCCUCCUGGGAGCGAUAGUGGCAUGGUGGGGGAAAGGCAAGAGAAACCGAGCCCUCUCCGGUUGGCUGGGAUUAACUGCAGCUGCAGGGCUCUUGGUGCUCGCCUUCCCUUACGCUGAAACCAAUCCUGUUAGCAUGGGCCUGUGUCGGCAAGAAGCAGAAGUGAACUACACAGGUGAUAAAAACCUGGCAGCAAGGACCACCUUCCUCAUCAUCACCAUCAUACUGUGUGCGCUCACCAAGCUCAGCAUCUGGACACAUGGACUCACUUACUUGGAUGACCAUAACCCCACUCAUGGACCCGAGUUCUACGGUGGUUUGAUCACUGCCCGUAUAACCCUGGGAUUGGAUGGAGAUGGUAUUCUGGAGAAGGCGUCCCAAAGCGACGACUGGUGGCAGAAUCAGCUUAUCCUCACCAUGGUGACUUUGUUCGUUUGCUUCAUCUUCAGCCUCUUCCCCAAGAGGAUGGCUUCUAAAGAAAUGGAUGUCAUUGAAAACUCUAAUAUUGACACCGGCCUGUUCCCAACUCUGAAGCGACUGGUUACGAACAAAGUGCUGAUUCUACAAACCAUAGCCUUGUCUCUCUGGAGCACUGCUGUGCUCGUGUUCGCAAAAUAUGAAAUACCCUAUGCCCAGGGCCGAUACAAUGUAGAAGCGACCCGUGGCUCAGACGUCAGGAGUACAGGCGACCCGCUCAAUAUAUUCAGAACUGGUCUUCUUGUUAUGUUUGUCAUGAUCGUCAAGAUCAAUGGAACAAACAGGCCUGAACCUUUGAAUACAAAGUCGGCAGCAGCUCUGGCGUUUAAAGCCUCCAUCUUUGUAACUGUCUUCCUGACUCUGAUAUCAUUCACUGGUUGUAACACUGGCAUCAUGAAAGGACUGGAGGCAGGCCACUAUGAACAACCCUCGUGUAGUUCAGCUUGUGGAUGUACCUCCGAGCGUUACGGCUUCCACCCUGUCUGUAUGUUGGAGACGAGGGAAACUUACUUCUCUCCAUGCCACGCUGGUUGCAACCGAGUCGGGGAUCUCAACGGAAUCUCAAUGUUCUACGACUGUGGAUGUAGCGCAGGCGCACAGAACGCAGUACGUGGUUCAUGCAUGUUGGAAAAUUGUCUGGCCAAGUACGCCACUUUCCAGAUGAUGUUCGUACUCAUGUUGGCAAUUGCAGGAGCUGGUUUCAUAAUGCAAGGCAUGGCGAUACUCCGAUCAGUGCGACCAGUCGACAAGGUGACGGCUAUGGGAGCCAGUAUUUCUGUGGUCUCACUCCUAGCCUUUGUUAUAGGACAUUUUGUCUACAUGACUAUCAGCCAAAUGACAUGCGUGUACUUCUCGAACGGGGAAUGUCUGCUGCACAGCAACUCUAUCUGGUUUAUGAGUGCACUCAGCGUGGGGUUAGCAGUCCUGUCAGGAAUCAUAAGCUUCAUCGUCAGCAAAUUGAGACCUGACACUGAUGACAACGAGAUCUGUGAAUUAUAA